CGAUAAAGGGCGUUUCAGCGCGAACACCGGAAGUCCGCCAACCCAGAAGAAGAAGUGCUUCCGCCCGGAGUCACUUUGAUGUUAGUUAAUGGCGGUCGGUUGUGUGUCAACGUCUUCACGGUUUUAACUGUCGGGUCUUGUGCCGAGGUGAAUGGACAUUUACGCUUUAAGACGCGGCGAAAAGGAAGGAAAAGUUGAGAAUGCAGGGCGAGAACGGCGAAAAGGACUGCGGGUGUGAGGUGACCGAGCUCCGUCUUAAAGUGGAGGCGUUAAAAGACGAGCUGAAGGAGUGCAAGACGGAGCUGUCCAAGUUGCAGAAGCAGCUGAGCCACUCCGAGGGACUACAGAGGAGCACAGAGAGCUACAAUGAAGACUUGAGGAAACAGGUCGACCAACUGAGCGCAGAGAUUCACCAGUGGAAGAAAAAAAGCAAAGAUAAAGUCCACACUGAAACUCAGACAGAAGACUAUGUUUGGACUGAAACAGAUUAUUACAACUAUUACUAUGGGGACUACCAUCAGAAUCCCGAGGCUGCGAACUCGCAGGAAAGUCAGGAGGUCAUCCCGGCCGUCGAUACAGCCGCUGCAGGUGAAGCUGAAGCUGCAGCUGAAGUUCCAGCAGAAGUUCCAGCAACGGCGGAACAGGCAGCGACUGUUGACGUGUCGGCACCACCUGACAGCAACGUGGUAGUCACAGCAGAGGAGGGUGACGCCGGGUCCAUUGCUGACAUGUUGAGGGCCACUGCUGAGCAGGCGAUGACACAGACCGGCUUUGUCUUUGACGAGACGUCUGGGAUGUACUAUGACCACAGCACCGGCUUCUACUACGACUCGGUCACCCAGCUGUACUACGACAACAACACGGGCAUUUACUACUACUGUGAUGCAGAAAGCGGACGCUACCAGUUUCAUUCCAAGAUUGAGGUUGCUGCUGUGCAAGAAGAUAGUGCCGCUGACAAGAAAGGGAGAUGGUUCAAGAGGGGGUUGAAGAAAACGUCACUACACAGCGAUAAGGAGUUCUUAUUUGAUGAUGUCAAGAUGGAAGACAACGACCAGCACGCGACCAAGCGCAGAUCUAGACAAAGAUCUCGUAGUCCCGAGCUGUCUCCGCGAGAAAGAGACUCCAAGCGGCAGGGCGACAGAGACCGGUCCUCGUCGAAGAGAAAGAAGCGCAAAAGUUCAAACCACGACGAGAAGAGAAAAUCAAAGAAGAAGAAGAAGAGAUCCAAGUCGCGACAGAAGGACCGUGGUUCGGGGACUCAGAGCGAGGGUAACAGUGAGCCAGAGGAGGGGGAGCUGACAGAGUCUGAGAAGGAGCACUGGGAGUCUCCUGUCUCCAGGUCUCCUUCUGCCAGCUCCCCUUGCAACCACAGCCCACAGUCUGAGAUGGAGACUCAGUGCCGGCCAGAACUCUGGCCGCCUUGUGUGAGAGUGACUGUGGUCCGGUCUCCAGUGCUGCAGGUCGGCACCUUAUUCAUCAUCACGGCCGACUCUGCAGCCACCAUCGGCAGAGAGAAAGACAUGGACCAUGCAAUCCGGAUAGCAGAAAUGGGAGUGAGCAAGUUCCAUGCUGAGGUCUACUUUGACCAGCAACAGCAGAGCUACAUGCUGGUGGAUCAGGGGAGUCAGAAUGGAACGGUCAUCAACGGCAACAGAAUCUUACAGCCCAAAACCAAGUGUGAGCCACACCCGCUGACGCACGGCGACGAGGUAAAGAUGGGAGAGACGGUGCUGUCCUUCCAUAUCCACGCAGGGACAGACACCUGCGAUGGCUGCGAGCCCGGCCAGGUUAUGGCUCACCUCAGCAAGCACAAGAGAGAGGAGGCGCCAGGACCAACUCUCAGCAAAGAGGAUAAAGAAGUGCUGAGACAGAAGGAGCUCAAGCAGAUAAAGGCCAAAUAUGGCCUCCAGAGUAAAGAGUUUGAGGAAGGCAAAGCCCUAAAAAACCCAAAGUACAAGGACCGGGCCGAGUCUCGCCGGCAGACCGUGGGCAGCGAGGGGGUUUUCCAACAAGAUGAUGCCCCAGCUUCUGUUCACGUGGAGAUCAGCGAAGUCAAUAAAGGAAGAAAGAUGCUGGAAAAGAUGGGCUGGAAGAAAGGAGAGGGACUAGGAAAAGGGGGAAGCGGAAUGAAAGACCCGAUUCAUCUUAAAAUCAGGAAGGCCCAGUCCGGACUGGGGGCGUGUGCCACCGUGUCGCUGGAUGAUGCCUCGCUGACCAGGACCAAAUCCCAAAAGAAUUGGGAGAAAGCCCGUGAGAGAUUCGCAGACAAGUGCCAGGCGGACAUGCCGCCAUCCAAAACCGAGAAGAGCGCGUCCCCCAAAGCCUGGGUCAAAGCGGAGACCGAGACCGCGGACCCUCAAACUGACAUAGACCCAGGCGCCCAGAGCUAAAACGGUAUCUGACUUCUGUUAUUACGGACAACUGUGCUUUGUACAAAGGAUAAGCCACAAUGCUUCUGAGGGUCCGACCAGCAGCAGUGCACGACCCACGGAUCGCCCUGAGCAAAUAUUGACACAGUCGAGCUGCGUUUCUCACAGUGAUGUCAUCCUGUUUGGGCGUGCUCAGACAUGCAACAUGAGAUUGUAGCACAAGACUGCAACUGUAAGUUCUCACGUGGCACACAAAAGUACCAAGAACUGGUUGUGUUAUCGCUUCAUGUUACGGCCGGUGCCAAGUAUGGAGGUUAGUUUUGUUUUUAUUAAGUAAGCUUUUUUUCCCACACUUAAUUUAUGUAACUGAAUGUUUUGCAUUUGAAUUUGGUGAACUGAUUUAUUUAUUUUUACAUCAAACUGACAAUUUAGUUGUUUUAAAAUUCAGUGUAAAAAAAUAUUCAGUGUAUGAAAAUUCACCGUUAAAAAAUUAAAUGUAAGCGUAAAAAAAAAAAACAGCGCUGAAAAAUUUGGUGUCUCAAAAUUCACUGCUUCAAAAAGCAAGACUCACUUCCGCAAAAUGAAGGCUGAAGCAAUCGAUCCUGUCUCAGAAGCAGCCAAUGAGGUGUCAGGUUUGAAGUCACGUGACACGGGUCUUGGCAAAACAGCAUUAAAAAAGCAGUUAACUGGGCAUAAUAAUACAAUAUUUUAAUUUUUAAACUAUAGAAAUGAUUCCAAAUUGUUAUACACUGAAUUGUUUUACACUGAAUUCUAAAACACUACAUUUUUUUUCAAGGAAAUUGUCAGGUUAAUUUGAUGUAAAAAAAAAAAAAAAAAAAAUCAGUUCACAAAAUUCAAACGCAAAAACCUAAACACAGUGUCAAAAAAUCUUUGGUAAUAAAGACACAAAUGAAGGUCCAUACUAAGAAGCGUGCAGGCGUGUAGACAAUUAUAAACACACACACACACACACACACACACACACACACACACACACACACACACACACACACACACACACACACACAACAAAGGUGUUUUCCACCAAGUCACUCUGAUUCUCUGUCAGUUCAUGUUCCACGUGUGUAAAUAUCACCUGAUUCAAACCUGUUAUGUUAGCUUUCAUGUUUAUAAUGAGAAAUACUAGUAUUUUCUAAACAACUUGAAAUAAACGACAUGCGAGAGUACCUCCACGUGAAUGUAGCACUUAGCAGUAUUAGAGGGUAUGAGGUCAUUGAUUGCAGUUAGCGUGAAUACACCAAUGCCAUGUCGUGGACUCACGUGACACUGCUGCUCUUCCUCUGACUCGCUGUGCCUCCCAUUUUCAGCUGCUGCUAAUUUCCCAGACUUCCAAACUCGCUCCUGUGCUCCUGCUCCCAA